AUUCCCAUGACAAACAGCAGCAGAUAUGAUCCAAGAUUAUUCUAAACUAUACACAACUAAACUAUAAUCCUUUAUAACUCUGUAGAGUCAGAGGAGUCAAUGAAUCCCCUGAAUGGAAAAGCCUAGUUUUAGACGAUUUAUUAUUUCAUACUUAAUCUUCACACUAUGUGUUUCUUCUGUGACACAGGUCUUCAGACACAAGGCAUCGAGUCUCCACAGGUGUUCCUGGUGUCCAGCUUUGAACUCCACCUGUACAACUUCUCUCUCUUACAUGAGACCUUAGAGAGAGAACUUCCUGCACACAAGAGAGAUGCUCUGCUGCGCGCCAUGCCCAACUUCAACCCAGAGAUCAUCAGGAAGAAGAAACAAGCUCUGAAGUCCAGAAUAAAAUACUGGGCUACUCUGUCUGCAGCUGGAGCAGCUGUUCCAGUUCCUGGUCUUUCUAUUGAUGUUGAUAUUGCUGUGCUGGUUGAUGUUGUCACAGAUUACGUUCAUGCGUUUGGUCUCGAUAUCUGGUCGCUGAAGAGACUUUCUGCCAGAACAGGUGUGCCAUAUGCUGAUCUGUGUGCUUUCAUCAUUUCACCACUGGCUGCAGUAGAAAUAAGUAUACAUCUCCUCAUUAAGGUGAUAGUCCGACUUGGGUCCGUAGCUGCAUUAAUUGCAGCAGAGGAAGUGUCCAGAUUUAUUCCAAUUAUUGGAAUUCCAAUAGCAAUGGGUCUCUCUUUCACCACAACUUACAGAAUUCUGAAUUUGAUCCUUGAUAAGCUCGCUGAUGAUGCUCAGAGGGUGUUUGAAAGAGCUUUAGUCUGA